ACACGAGUGAAAAACUGAUUCAACUCACCGAGUCAAAGAAAAAACGCACACUCAACUCGCUGAAGCUACACAAGUUGCUUUUUUUUUUAAAUAUCAUUUUUAUUUUUACAUUUUUUUUUUGGUUUGGUUGGAUCACUCAGGCCAAGUGUAAAAGAAAAGAGAGAGAGAGACUACCUCUUUGACCAUAAUCAAAGCUUUUAUACAAAACUCUUCACAGAUCUGAAAGGGCUUCCCUCUGUCUCUGUCGCGUAUUCUCCGGCGUCCUUUCAUGAUCUGACUUUUUGUCUCUUCUCACUGUUUACUCUGAACAACAUGCCACGCCCUUUCUUCCACAAGUUGAUUUUCCCUUCCACUAUCCAAGAAAAACGUCUGAGAGUUCCAGAUAAGUUUGCAAGUAAAUUCAAGGACGAGCUAUCGGUUGCAGUUGCACUCACAGUACCUGAUGGUCAUGUUUGGCGUGUAGGACUAAGGAAAGCUGACAACAACAAGAUCUGGUUUCAAGAUGGUUGGCAAGAGUUUGUUGACCGUUACUCUAUCCGCACUGGAUACCUUUUGAUCUUUAGAUACGAAGGAAACUCUGCCUUCAGCGUCAGCAUUUACAACUUAUCACACUCCGAGAUCAACUACCAUUCCACCGGUCUCAUGGACUCUGCAGCACACAACCACUUCAAACGCCCAUGUUUGUUUGAAGACCUUGAAGAUGAAGAUGCUGAGACCACUGUACAUGCCAAUACAGGGCAUGCUAGUUCAGCCAUCCAGAGCUUCUUCGCUGGACCUGUUAAAGCCGAAGAGGCCACACCAACGCCAACUCUAAAAGUUACUAAAAAGAGAGGGAGGAAGAAGAAGAACGCUGAUCCUGAGGAAGUAAACUCAUCUGCUCCAAGAGAUGAUGACCCUGAGAGCCGUUCGAAGUUCUACGAGAGUGCUUCUGCGAGAAAGAGAACAGUGACUGCUGAAGAGAGAGAGAGGGCCAUCAAUGCAUCGAAAACGUAUGAGCCAACGAACCCUUUCUUCAGAGUUGUUCUACGACCAUCUUAUCUAUACAGAGGUUGUAUCAUGUAUUUGCCUUCUGGUUUUGCUGAGAAGUACUUGAGUGGGAUCUCGGGGUUCAUCAAGGUCCAGCUCGGGGAGAAACAAUGGCCUGUGAGAUGCCUAUACAAAGCAGGGAGAGCUAAGUUCAGUCAAGGUUGGUAUGAGUUUACUGUGGAGAAUAACUUAGGAGAAGGUGAUGUCUGCGUGUUCGAGCUGCUAAGAACCAGAGAUUUCGUUCUCCAAGUGACGGCUUUUCGAGUCAACUGAGUAUGUAAGGUACUAUGGUGUAGGGUGUCGUUUUCUAUCUAUGUGCGCAUUGCGUUAGUUUCUCUUUUCUUGCUGGUGUGGAUAAGUUAAAACCUCUUCAGAGUGAAACUAAAAUUGUUUGUGUAAGUUAGGGUUAAGAUGUUUUUUGGAAAUUUGUAAAUCCCUAAUCUCCACAAGUUUGGUGUUGAAACGUGUGUCCCAAGAAAGAUGUUAUGAUGAAGAUGGGUUUGUUGUU